AUCGAAAGGUGGAUAAAGAGGAAUCAGCUCCUGUUUGUGGGGCAAAGAAAGGUAGAAUUGCUGAUUCUGAUUCUGAGAUUGAACAUGAGGUUCAUGAGAAUAAAGUUAGCAGACAUAUGAGUGAAAGUUCAAUGUAUACUACUGAGGAUGAAGAGGAAGAUGAAAAUACAAAUAAGAUUGAGUUGGGUCUUCAAUGUACUCUCAAAGAACAAUUUGAGAAAGAUAAGGAUGAUGAGAGUUUGAGAAGAUGGAAGGAGCAGCUUCUUGGAAGUGUGUGGAUAUUAAUGCUGUUGGAGAGUCACUCGAUCCAGAAGUGAAGAUCUUGAGCCUUGAAAUUAAGUCCCUGGGGGUAGAGCUGAUAUUGUUCUCCCAAUCCCACCCAAAAGUCCAUGCUUUGUCCUGAAAAAUUAAAAUAUUACUUUGAACAAAUUAAAAUAUAAAAAAUUAUUCAUACGUUUUCAAAUGAAUUUUAUAAUGCUCAAUUCUAAUUUAGUAUAGACGCACGGAGAAAAGCUAAAAGACGUUUCAAUUUGCGUAUUAAAGAGAGCGUAUUCCCUCCCUUUUUUAUUUCAGCGGCAAAACGCACUUUGUACCCAAAAUUGAGCAAAAUUGGGGGAAAAAAGGAGAGCUGAAGCGGUGCAUAAUUUAACGGCAAUGGCCGGCGACAGUGACGGUGCAGAUCCCGAUUACGAGAGGUUUCUCCGUCACAUCGGCGCCGCCGCGGACGAGAGUGAACUCGCCGCCGAAGACAUCAUUUUGUUAGAAGAUGGAGAAGAGUACGAGGAAGAAGAAGAAGAAGAGACGGAUGAAGACGAAGAAGAAGAAGAUGAGGAGGAGGAGGAGGAUGAAGAUGAUGAAGAAGAGUCGAGUACUGGAAGGAGGACGUUGCGUAGGGUUUUGUAUGGGGAUCGUGGUGCUACGAGAAGUUCAUCUCAAGAGCGGGGGAUUAAUGUUGAGAAUUUGGAUAAUUCUGCUGUGGAACUGGAAAGUGGAGAUGAUACGACUAGGAGUAAAGGCGGUGAAGCGGCGUCGCAGAAUGUUGAUAAGGAAGAAGCUGAUGGAGGAGAAGGAGAGUGGAAUCGAAGUGAAAUUGAUGGUUUGUUUUGCUCUAUUUGCAUGGAAGCUUGGACUAACGACGGUGACCACCAAAUUUGCUGUCUUCCUUGUGGGCAUAUAUAUGGUUUGUCGUGUAUCAAAAAGUGGUUGCAACAAAAAGGGAGGUCAGGAAAGUGCCCCCAAUGUAAUAAGAAAUGCACAGUGAAGGGUAUUCGAGUACUUUAUGCUUCUCGACUUCAUGCUGUUGACGAAGAGCUUCAAAAGAAAAUUCGGUCUCUUGAAACCAGUUGUUUUUCUCUUGAAAAAGAGUGCUCUGAUUGGUGUAAGAAAGAAAUUGAGUGGAGGAGGAGAGAAGCUGAGUUGCAUAAGCAAGUGGAGUACCUCAAAGAGAGAACAACUGAAGGCUCGCCAACUGAAAUGCAAAGCAGGUCAUCUGUACGCAUUUUCGGAUGCAAUAUCAACUCCAAAUCUGAAAGAUGUGAAUAUGUGAAUAGUUUUCUUUUGCAGAAAGAGAUUCAGAUUGAUGGUGCUCGCCUAUUUGAUGUGGACAUCAAUGGUGAGAAUUUGCUGAUUGCCAGAAGGCUCUCUGGAAUGGGAGGACAGCAUAUGCUUACCAAAAUCAGUCUGUUGUCUCCACAUGAAAGAGAAGACAUUCUGCUUCCUGUGAGCAUGAAAACUAUCAAGGACUUGCAUGUUUCUCCUUAUGAUAGAUUCAUACUCUUGGCUUCUUUAGGGAAGAAGUUGUCAGUUCUUAGUUCUGAAAACAACCAUACUGUUCUGACAUAUGACUUACCGACUGUUCCUUGGUCAUGUGCGUGGGAUGCCAACAAUUCGCAUUACAUGUAUGCCGGUUUACAGAAUGGCAUGGUUUUGCAGUUUGAUCGGCGUCAAACUACGAGGCCAGUGGAAUCUAUGACGGGGUUGACAGGAAAUCCUGUUCAUACUGUGCAUUCCCUUUCAUCUCCUACACUUGGUGGUGGCAUUAGAAGUGUUCUUUCUGCAUCUUCAGUAGGCUUGUGCCACUGGAACUUUGGUAGUAGUGACGAAAGGCCGUGCUUGGUCCCUGAGUCAGAGAAUCAAGGAAUAUGUAUAUCUCUCGCUUGUGGAGAUAGAAAUGAUGACAUAGUUGCCUCUUUCCGUCCUAAACUGGAGAUCUCUGGCGAUAUGGCUGCUUCUCAAAUAUUGCCCACUCCAGUUUCUACAAUAGAGCAAGCAGUAGAGGGUUCUCAUGUUCUUUACAGGAGAGUUGGUAGCAGAUACCAGAAGUUAGGAGCUUCUUGUGCCAAAGUUAGUGGCAUCCGACUUCCAAAAACUGCUAUAAUUAAUAGAGGGAAGAAGAGCCCCAUGUUUGCUUCUGGUGAUGACGCAACAAUGGAACUGGUCUUACAAGAAUUGCCAUCUUUAAAUGUGGCUCAGCGAAUUAAUUCUCUGAACAGCCCUGUUCGCGAUGUUAGGUAUGCACGCCUCCAAAGUACGGUAUUGCUGGGUUUUUUGAGUGAGGAUAAACUGCAGCUUUGCUCACAUAAGCUCCAGUGAAAAAAGGUGGCUUCGAAGACUCCUUAAAUCAUCACCAGUAUGCUGGAUGCUUCAUGUGACCGAAAUUUUGACUGUAUAGUUUAGCAUCUAAUGGUGUAGAAAUAGCAUCUUUUUCUUUUGGUAGCUUUGGACCCUACUGGUAGUUGAGGUCAUAGAGCAUAGGCAGGUUGUAGAAAUGAUUAUUUAAUAAGGAGUGUAAGUUCUGUUCUAUACACUGUUAAAGUGUAACUUGUAUAAUAACAUUAGGUAAAAGUUGACCUGUAACAUGUAAAUCUUCUUUAUCAAGUUUCAUAGUGUAAAAACUUGCUAUAACUGGUUAAAUUGCAGAUACUAUCAAUAUCUUCAGACCUAAGUUCA